AUGGCAUCAGCGAGUGGUUUACAACGACGACGCAAUGCCAGUGGGAUCAAUUCUACCAACUCAUCAUCAUACGAAAAUACUACUUCAACAUCACUAGAUUGGGGACUUUCUUCUGAAAAUGGAGUUAGAAUUGCGGUAGAUCCUAACGACUUACCAGACGAGGAGGAUAAAAAUCAACCAACUCUAACACUUAUGGAAGAAGUUCUAUUAUUAGGGUUAAAAGACAAACAGGGAUAUCUUUCAUUUUGGAAUGAUAACAUUUCAUAUACACUUAGAGGAUGUAUUCUCAUGGAACUCGCGUUUCGAGGACGAAUAGCUAUGAUUAAAGAUCCUCUUCGUCGUAAAUUUCCUCUCUCAGAAAGAUUAAUUGAAGUUAUUGAUGAGAAAUUAACUAAUGAAGUUCUCUUGGAUGAAGCAUUGAAAAUGAUGAAAGCUAGCGAAACCAUGAGUGUAGGAAGUUGGAUUGAUUUAAUGAGUGGUGAAACUUGGAACGUAUUAAAGAUUGGAUAUCAACUCAAACAAGUACGUGAACGUCUAGCAAAAGGAUUAGUAGAUAAAGGAAUUUUAAGAACGGAAAAACGAAACUUUUUACUUUUUGAUAUGGCAACGCAUCCUGUCAGUGAUUCCUCAGCCAAAGAUGAAAUUGUGAAACGAGUCAUUAAAACAUUGACGUUUCUUAACAAUUUGUCAACGAUGUCAUCACCAACAGAAUUAGAAAUACCUUUUGGUUAUUUACGUACAGUAUCUAUGGUAUGUGCAGCAUAUGCCGCUAAUGUAUUGGAAAAUGCAUUAUUACCACUAAAUCAUGAAAUGCGAGAGAGAGCAUAUUCGAAGGUAGAUGAAUUAUUAAGUGAAUAUUCAGUUUGGCCAUUUUCAAAAAAGUGUAGAGUAGAUAUUCCGGAAGGAAAAGAAUUACAAAUUGAAGUUGUAGCCGCAGUUUUGAACGUAUUUACAAAAAUGGAUAGUAUUUUGUAA